GUGAGAGGUCAUCCUAGCCUCCGUCUGCUGGAACGACAAUGGCGGCGCUUUGGGUGAGCGUAGGGUCGCUGAUAGCGGCAGGACGGCGUGGGCAGCGAUUCCCGCAGCAGCUGAUGCAGAGAGGAGCGCUGUGGACGCUGAAGUAUGCUUCAUACUAUUCAAGACAGCAAUUAAUGGUGACCCGUAGACUCUGUUCAGCAGAAUGUUCUAAUGAAAAAACUUUUGAUAAAAUUCUUGUUGCUAACAGAGGAGAAAUUGCAUGUAGGGUUAUUAAAACUUGCAAGAAGAUGGGCAUUAAGACAGUUGCCAUCCACAGUGAUGUUGAUGCUAGUUCUGUUCAUGUGAAAAUGGCAGAUGAGGCUGUCUGUGUUGGCCCAGCUCCCACCAGUAAAAGCUACCUCAACAUGGAUGCCAUCAUGGAAGCCAUUAAGAAAACCAGAGCCCAAGCUGUACAUCCAGGUUAUGGAUUCCUUUCAGAAAACAAAGAAUUUGCCAAAUGUUUGGCAGCAGAAGAUGUCAUUUUCAUUGGACCUGACACACAUGCUAUUCAAGCCAUGGGUGACAAGAUUGAAAGCAAAUUAUUAGCUAAGAAAGCAAAGGUUAACACAAUUCCUGGAUUUGAUGGAGUUGUCAAGGAUGCAGAUGAAGCUGUCAGAAUUGCAAGGGAAAUUGGUUACCCUGUCAUGAUCAAGGCCUCAGCAGGUGGUGGUGGGAAAGGCAUGCGAAUCGCUUGGGAUGAUGAAGAGACCAGGGAUGGUUUUAGAUUUUCAUCUCAAGAAGCUGCUUCUAGUUUUGGCGAUGAUAGACUACUAAUAGAAAAAUUUAUUGAUAACCCUCGUCAUAUAGAAAUUCAGGUUUUAGGUGAUAAACAUGGGAAUGCUUUGUGGCUCAACGAAAGAGAGUGCUCAAUUCAGCGAAGGAAUCAGAAGGUGAUAGAAGAAGCACCAAGCAUUUUUCUGGAUUCUAUGACUCGAAGAGCCAUGGGAGAACAAGCUGUAGCUCUUGCCAAAGCAGUAAAGUACUCUUCUGCUGGAACUGUAGAAUUCCUUGUGGACUCAAAGAAAAAUUUUUAUUUCCUGGAAAUGAAUACAAGACUCCAGGUGCCAGCCACCUGGAAGAUAGGGGAUUCAUGUCUCAAAGCCCAUCUCCCAGUGGAGGCAGAGGUUUUUAUAAGAAGGAAGAGGGGAACAGAAGAAAAAGAUCAAGGGAGGGGGAUGAAGAGUUCUCUAUGUGCAAAUGAGGACAGUCCAUUCCAUAAGGUUGAGCAUCCUGUCACAGAAUGUAUUACUGGCCUGGACCUAGUCCAAGAAAUGAUCCGUGUUGCCAAGGGUUACCCUCUCAGACACACACAAGCUGAUAUUCCCAUCAACGGCUGGGCAGUUGAAUGUCGGGUUUAUGCUGAGGACCCUUACAAGUCUUUUGGUUUACCAUCUAUUGGGAGAUUGUCUCAGUACCAGGAACCAAUACAUCUACCUGGUGUCCGGGUUGACAGCGGCAUCCAACCAGGAAGUGACAUUAGCAUUUAUUAUGAUCCAAUGAUUUCCAAACUGGUCACAUAUGGUUCUAAUAGAACUGAAGCACUUAAGAGAAUGGAAGAUGCACUGGAUAAUUAUGUUAUUCGAGGUGUUACACAUAACAUUGCAUUACUUCGAGAGGUGAUAAUCAACUCACGCUUUGUAAAAGGAGACUUCAACACUAAAUUUCUUUCUGAUGAAUAUCCUGAUGGCUUUAAAGGACACAAGUUAACAGAGAAUGAGAGAAACCAGCUAUUGGCCAUAGCAUCAUCAUUGUUUGUGGCAUCCCAAUUAAGAGCACAACAUUUUCAAGAACAUGAAAAUUCAAGAGUGCCUAUUGUUAAAUCACAAGUGGCUAACUGGGAGCUUUCAAUAAAAUUGAAUGAUGAAGUUCAUACUGUUGUAGCAUCAAACAGUGGGAAAACAUUCUCUGUGGAAGUUGAUGGGUUGAAACUAAAUGUGACCAGCACAUGGAACCUGGCUUCACCCUUAUUGUCUGUCAACGUUGAUGGCACUCAGAGGAUGAUACAGUGUCUUUCACGAGAAGCAGGUGGAAGCAUGAGCAUUCAGUUUCUUGGUACAGUGUACAAGGUGCGUAUCUUGACCAAAGUCGCUGCAGAAUUGAACAAAUUUAUGCUGGAAAAAGUGGCUGAGGAUACAAGCAGUAUUCUUCGCUCCCCAAUGCCUGGCAUGGUGGUGGCCGUCGCUGUCAAGCCCGGGGACAUGGUAGCAGAAGGUCAGGAAAUUUGUGUGAUUGAAGCCAUGAAAAUGCAGAACAGUAUGACAGCUGGGAAAACUGGCAAGGUGAAGUCGGUGCAUUGUAAAGCUGGGGACACAGUUGGAGAAGGAGAUCUGCUCAUGGAACUGCAGUGAAGUAUUUAUAGCCUUUCAGUCAUCACCCAGUUUAAUUAGUCAUUUGUAUUAUUAUUCUUUCACACUCAAUUUAUUGAAGCAUUUUGCAGGAACACCCCUGUGCGGCAGAUUUUACAUGGUCAUAUUUAUUCCACAUAUAGUCAAAACCAACAUUCUGCCAA